AUGGCAAUCGACAAAGAGGCGAUAGAGAUGGUAACAGAAGAACGAAUGGUGAAAGUGAUGAAGGAGUACAAGGAGGAGAUAAGGGAAAUGAAAGAGGAAAUAGAGAAGCUAAAAAGGAAGGUAUACAGACUCGAACAAUGCUCAGGUAAAAGGAAGAGAAACGAGAAGGAAAGGGAGAGAGUGAGGAGGAAAAUAGUAAGGGUCGAGAAGAAGAGAUGGGGAGGAGGUAGCUCGAAUUUGAAUAAGGUGAAGCAACUUUUUACAGAUGGGCUUAAGGUGAAGGCAGAGGUAAAGGAGGUGAACCAGAUAGGACAUAGAGGGGAUUGGAUAACAAUCCUCGUAAAGAUGGGAAGCGAAAAAGAUAGCAGGAAAGUACUGGAAGCGAGAAGGAAGGAAGGAAGUAGGAUGAAGGUAAAGAUAGAUGCAGAUAAGUCGGUGGAAGAUAGGAUCAAAGAAGGAAAAGAGAGGGAAAAGAGAAAGGAAAGGAAAGAAGAGGAAAGUGGGGGGACCAGGAAAUCGGCGGAGGACGAGAUCGUAGAGAAGAUGGAGGACCAUCUGCUGAUGAGCACGGACGAGGACGAAGCGGAGCAAAAGAAGAAGAGAGAGGGAAGGUCCUAG